AUGGAUGAUAUUCAUGGCGUUCGGAACAAUCGACUUCCGACAUUCUAUAACGACGACGGUCAGGACAUCAUCAAAUCAAAGGACGUCGGACUAAUCGAAUCGGAUUUGAGGAGAAUAAUGCGAACUGCCCGUGUUCGCCGAAUUCUUGAGAAGCUACCCAGACAGCACUACUACGCUGAUCUUGUGGGUCAGUGCUUCAACGAGAAGUACUACUUUUAUCAUUAUUCUGGAAGGAUUAGCGAAAUUACCUGCCCCGGUCCUCAUAUGUGCGAGUACACCCAAUUGCCAAAUUUGAAAUGUGUUCACGUCGACGCCACCUAUCCCAAAAUCACGCGGAUGAACCCAUUGACCGUCAAUUUUGCAACCGAUGCGAGGUUUUCAAGAAAUAUUGGAUGCUAUCCACAUUAG